UCUAGUAAUUUCUCUGCAUCUUGAAUUGGGGAAUGAUUUAUUAUUUCAAAGAACAGAACAGAUUCUUCUAGACUGGUGAAUUGGGGAAUGGUAUAAUGCUCUCUCAAAUCUAUUCUAUUCUGUUAGUCUAGAAUCACUUUUCCCAUAUUACACUUUCCUAGGUUAGUUUAUUAUGGGACAGAACAGAUUUCAUUUUAAGGGAAACAAAGAGCGAAACACUUGCUUUGCAGGUCCUAUCUAAUUCUUUGUGAGGGGCCAGGGCAGAUGUUGUCAUGAGAAGGACAUGAAUUAUUUUCUGGGCGAUGGGAAGCUGCGAGGAAGGAGCGUUGUGGGGUCAUAGGGAGCAGGUUCUACUUCUACUUGAAAGUACUUUAAAAUUAAGCAUAUAAAAUGUGUUUAGACGGGUGUUAAGCAGUAGUCCUUGCUGAGGAAGCCUAUAAGAAGCAAGCCAGGGAUCAGAUCUUAGAGCACUGUCCACAAAACGAGGAGAUAUUGGUAGUUAAUUUUUGAGAUAAAGGAGCAGGAAAUUUAGAUAUUGUAUGGCAGCAAAGUUGCAGAUGCGAGGUUCCUUUAGUGGAGUCAUAAGAGGAUUGAACAAGAUCAUCUGUGGUAACCUUAGAGAUCCUACAGACUCCCACAUCCUCCAAAACACUCUCAUUCAGGGAUCAUUUAGGAAAUGUGUGCAUUCAUCUGUUUAUGAGAAGAAUGAAGAUGUUGGUGUUCAUCUGGAUAAGGUUCCUGAUGAAAUAAUCCAGCCUGCAACUCAGAAAAGCUGGGUGCCACACCCCAAGACAGGUGUGUUUGGUCCUGCAGAGGAACAGAGCUGGACAGGUGGCAACCCUAACCAAUCUCCCGAGAAGAUUGAGGAAUCAGUUCUUGAGCAACAAGUCUGGUUCCGUCCCUCAGAAGGCCUUGAAAAGCAGCCCUACAACUGAUGAGUGAAACAUGUGUAUAUGUAAAUAUUCGAAGUUAUACUUGUUUAAGAAUAAGCAUAAAGUCUGGUGUGGCUUAUGGACAAAGUCAUACCAUAGUUUAAUAUUUUAUGAGAUGUCAGUGGUACUAUUGUUGAAAGAUUUAGUGUGUAGAGCGUGUUUCUUUCACCAUGAGACACCUGUGGUACAAUUGGUGAAGGAUUUAGUGUGUGGAGUAUGUUUUUAUAAUACUGAGACAUCAGUGGUACAAUUAAUGAAUGAUAUGGCGUGUGGAGUCUGUUUCUUUAA